CUGGGGAUUGGGGAGGCUGGACGGCGCCUUGGGCUGGGGCUUUGCAAACUCUGAAAAGGUCCGCAGCGGUUGGAGGCGCCUCGCGGCAGCAGGACCCCACAAACCCACACGGGGAGCAUCCUACUAUGUGCCCUUCCCGCCCCCCUCCUGCGAUCUGGCGGCGGGAAAGGUGUGGACCCGAGCCCAGCGCAGCCUGGAAAGUCUGAGCUCCAGGGAUGAGACUGCCGGCAGGCUGAGCUUGGGAACCUGCUGGAGUAACGCGGAGACAUGGCGUCUUGGCUCUGGAGAAGGCUUCGUGGCAAGAAACAGUCAGUGAUGGCAUUCUGCCUCCUGAUGAUCCUGUCUGCAGUGACUGUCACUCACCUCCCUCCGGAGCAUCCAGCAUCCACCCCCAGACUUGGUCCCAUGGAGCCCCAGGGGAAAAUCGGCAUGCCUGAGCCCAACAUUUGGCAGACUUUGAACUCUAGCCAGAGGCAGCGGGCAAGAAACCUGGGCUUCCGAAAAGGCGGGGCUUUGCCCAGAGAUUCCAUCUUGGUCUGUGCCGAGAAGCAAAGCCACAAAGUGCGAGUGGACAGAAGCAGACACGCACUGAGGGUCAGAAGAGAUGUCGCUGGGCCAGGAGGUCCAACACUCAGUGCCCAACAUCAUGUGCAGGAGAACGAGGUCAGAGAUGCAGGAGGCACAGACCUGGACCAGCCUGAGCAUGGUGGUCCUGUCCAAGAGAGUCAGAGUAAGACAGACACCCUGGUUAGGCCACUCCCAGUGAGCAGCCUGGCAACUUUCCAGGCAUGGAGAAAAACCGCUGCACUGAGUUUGGCUGGGAGCUCUCUGCCAGGAGCCAAGGACAGAGUCUUGACUGGCGGGAAGACUGAGGGUAUCACCUCAGGUCCAGGGACUCACUGGUGGCCUGGUACUGCUGAGGAGCUGCAGAGGUCCCUGUGGUGCCGUACUGAGACCCCCGGGUCAUUGGCCAGUGCUGCAGCCGGGGAGCAGGUUCCACCGUGGUUCACAGAACACGACGUCCAGACUCUCUGGUUACUGGCCCAUGGGGAGGUGGUGGGCAAAGCCAGGGUUCCCGCCCACGGGCAGGUGCUGCAGGUCGGACUAUCUGCUAUGGGUACCUUCCAGGACAUGUCUCCUCUCAGGCUCAGCCAGCUCUGCUCCCAGGGCCUCUGCGGCCUCAUCAAGAGGCCCAGGGACCUGCAUGAAGUCCUAGCCUUCCACGUGGACCGUGUACUGGGACUCCGACGGAGCCUGCCUGCUGUAGCCCGGAGCUUCCACAGCCCUCUUCUGCCCUACCGCUACACGGAUGGCGGUCUGAGGCCCGUCAUCUGGUGGGCACCCGAUGUGCAGCACUUAGGAGACCCAGAUGAGGACCAGAACUCUCUAGCCUUGGGCUGGUUGCAGUACCAGGCCCUGCUGGCUAGUGGCUGCAGCUGGCCAGGCCAGAGCCUGUGCCAGGGCAUCCACCAUGCUGAGUGGGCACGUUUGGCCCUCUUUGACUUCCUGCUGCAGGUCCAUGACCGCCUGGAUCGCUACUGCUGCGGCUUUGAGCCUGAGCCCUCAGACCCCUGUGUGGAAGAGGGGCUUCGAGAGAAAUGUCAGAACCCAGAAGAGCUGCGGCUGGUGCACAUCCUGGUCCGGAGCAGUGAUCCAUCUUGUUUGGUGUUCAUAGACAAUGCUGGUAAUCUCCAGCAACCUGAGGACAAGCUGAACUUUCGGCUCCUGGAAGGCAUAGAUGGGUUUCCUGAGUCCGUCGUGAAGGUUCUUGCAUCAGGGUGUCUACAGAACCUGCUGCUCAAGUCACUGCAGAUGGACCAGGUGUUCUGGGAGAGCCAAGGCGGAGCCAGAGGUCUGAAGCACGCCCUUGAGACACUGGAGAGGCGAGGACAGGUCUUGCUGAGACACAUUCAGAGGCACAACCUCACGCUCUUCGGGGACUAGGACCUGUGAGUUCACCUCUAGUCUGGGCAGAACACACCUUGCUGGAGGACUUCCCAUGAUGUGAGCCUGAGCUGGUGAGUGUGCCUCCCAUUGGCAGUAUUUCCUUGACAACAGUUGGCCGUCCCAGACAAAUGGGGAAAGUCAGAAGCUGGAGGAGCCUGUGGCACCACGGGAUGGACUGGACGGCUCACCUGCUGGGAUGGUGGGGGAGGGACGGCUCAUCUGUUGGGAUGGUGGGGGACGGAUGGCUCACCUGUUGGGAUGGACGGCUGCCUUCAGCAGUGCAUUCCUGUCUGCAUUCCCAGCUCUGGCUAUUUACUCCCACGCAGCAAUAAACAGGUUUAAGAAUGUUCUGUGAACCGUUCCCUGCAUGUGUACAUGCAGCACUGUGUGCAUGCGUGCGGAGGUAUGUAAGUAAUGAACCUGGAAUGUCAUGCAUACUAAGCAAGUACUCUACCAACUGAAGUAUAUGUCCAACCACAGAAGCCUAAUUUUUUAAGAUUCAUUUUUUUAAAAAUUUAUUUUUAAGUGCAUGGGUGUCUUGCCUGCCUAAAUAUUUGUGCCCCAUGUGCGUACCUGGUGACUGCAGAGGCCAGAGAGGGUGCCAGACCCCUGGGACUUGACUUGACUUACAAUUAUGGACUGCCAUGUGGGUGGUGAGAAUUGAACCUGGGUCCUCUGGAAGAGCAACCAGUGUUCCUAGUAACUGAGCCAUCUCUCCAGCCCCUAAUUUUUAUUUGUGUGUGUGCGUGCAUGCCACAUGUAUGCAGGUGAGAACUGGAGUUACAGGGGGUUGUGAGCUGCCUGGUACGGGUGCUGGGAACUGAACUCUGUAAUCUUCCACAAGAGUAACAAACGCUCUUAACCAUUGAGCCAUCUUUCCAGUGGCAACGGGGAGGAGGCUGCUAUAAAAACCGAAUUUCCCUUAUUAUUGUAGGAAUGAUCAUGUCCAUGUUAGGUUAGCCGGCUUCCUCGUGUAAGACAUUUGCCCUUCCUUAGUAGCACGUUAGAGUUACGGCUCUGAGCUGCAUACACUCAGCCCCUGCUGUUACACUCGUCUGUUUCCUCUCAGUCUGCCAUCUAUGGCUUGACUCUGUCUUCUGCAAAGUCGGAAACUAAUUCUAUGCAGUCAAAUUGGUUCGUUUUUGCCCGUCAGUCUCCCAGGGUUCCUGCCUUCUUAGGCUGCUGCCCCUUCAGAUCGCUGAGAUAUCAGCUGUGUCCUUCUCCUUUACUAUUUGUAUGAAAUUUGCAUGUGAGAGUGGUUUGGUGGGAGGUGUAACUCAAGUUUCCUUGCCCCAGAUCCUGGUCAGGAGUCUAUUCCGUUCCCGCUGAUCUGAAGGCACACCCUUAUCAGAUAAGCUCCCAGGAACACAGAGGCCCACUCAGGAACUGUACUAUAUUCUGCCGAUAGGGUUUCUCAACUCCCCUUCAACAGGACACUGUUCUAAUCAAAGUUACUUUAUUCUGUCUGGCAGCACAAGUAUCCACUUAAAUAUUUAUUUUAUGUGUGUGUUCU